AUGUCCGAGCUGCGCAGCUUUACCGCUCGCCCCUUGUCGAAACAGGCACGAAGUGAUUUCAAAGAUGCGUUCCGGAUCUAUCUAUCUUCGUCUUCGCUGGCAGCUCUGCGACUUCGAGCGGGGGAUAUUUGCAGCUUAACGCCGGCUGAUGGACCACCCAAAACGGCUAUAGCCUGGACUGCCACGGAGAAUAUACAAAAUACGGUGGUUCAAACGUCACGAACCCUUCAAGAUCGCUAUGGAAUCAAGAUCGGGGACAAGGUUGCCAUCAGUAGAAUUGACGAUGCCCUUGAAGAUAUCGAAUCUGUGUCUUUACUGGAUUGUUCUGACCCCGAGAAGCUUGCCAAGCUUGGCCCGAUUGCCGAAGCUGAAAGAUGCCAUUGGGAGUGGGCGCUGGAAUUUCACCUGUCGAGAUGCGAGGUUCUCGCGACAGGCCUUAUCUUUGAGUUAGAGCUCAAGGGUCAGCGCAGGAGCUUUCAGGUGGUCAAUCUUCGUUCUCCGAGCCCAAGCACUGGUCGUACUCUAUUGCGUUUCACAGAAACCUCGAAAAUCUCCCUCGGAGCAGAUACGGAAGAAACGGAAGGCAGUUCGCCCUCCAUUGCCGUUCAGACCGGCGGUUUGGGCGGACUAUCCCGUCAGAUUGAAGACAUCAACGAGAGCUUGUCUGAUUUUAACCUGGACCCGCGAAAACCCGCCAUGCCAUCAUUUUACGAGAAUGGUCGAGGUAUUCUUCUCCAUGGACCCAAGGGGACCGGGAAGACGGCUCUUCUGCAGCAGCUUGAGAAGGCUGGCUGGAGACAAAUAUUCAAAAUUGGCACGUCUACUAUAGGCAGGAGUAUUAGUGAAGGCGAGGCUAGAUUACGCACUAUCUUCCAGGAAGCCGCUCGCGCCAAACCGAGUGUGAUCAUCAUUGAUCAGCUGGAAUACAUCGCACCUAAGCGAACCUCCUUCGAGUCUCAGUCGUUAGUAUCUGUGCUGUGCGAAAACUUGGAUGCCAUCAGAAGCGCAUCUAUUCUGGUCGUGGCUGCCACCCGCCAUCCAAAUCAUGUCGACGACGCACUUCGGACCCCUCAUCGGCUGGGGACUGAGAUUGAGCUGCAGGUUCCCACAGCUCAGGACCGAUGUGAAAUUUUGCGGGCCAUUCGUGGUCCGGUGUCGGCAGGCCUCAGUGACCAACUCGUGGACCUUAUCGCUGAAAAAACCCACGGGUAUGUCGGUGCGGACCUCUUUGCCCUCCUCCAACUCAUCUGCCGCAAGGCACGGCAACGUCAGUUGUUGGAGCCAAGCUCGUCACUUCCACCGACAAGCUCUGCAGUCCAGACUGAAGGUAGCGGUGAUGAUGUGGUUGCCAUCCCGUUAAAGAUCCAGGAAGCAGAUAUCCUGCUCUCGUUGCAGGAAAUACGCCCCACAGCCAUGCGGGAGGUCUUUCUGGAGACACCAAAAGUGAGAUGGUCGGAUAUUGGCGGGCAGCAUGAGAUCAAGAAGCGCCUCCAGAAAGCUGUUGAAAGACCUCUGAAGUAUCCCCAAAGAAUGCGCAGGCUCAACGUCAACAGCAAAAAGGGAGUCCUGCUCUACGGGCCACCGGGUUGCUCUAAGACUUUGACCGUCAAAGCAUUGGCUACGGAGGCUGGCUUGAACUUUUUGGCGGUCAAGGGCGCAGAGAUCCUCAGCAUGUAUGUUGGCGAGUCCGAGCGAUCGCUGAGAGAAAUAUUUCGCAAAGCUCGGGCUGCGCGGCCCAGCAUUAUUUUCUUUGAUGAAAUCGACGCAAUUGCAGCUCGACGCAGCAGCAGUUCUCAAGGCGGGGUUAAUGUGCUGACGACUCUGCUCAACGAAAUGGACGGCAUUGAAGAGCUGCGAAAUGUACUAGUCAUUGCCGCUACCAACAAGCCAGACGUCUUGGAUCCGGCGCUGAUGCGCCCCGGGCGUUUGGACAACAUUCUCUAUAUCGGGCCGCCCGAUUUCGAGGCCAGAAGGGAGAUCCUGCGAAUUUGGGCCAGCAAAUCUGUGGUAAACCCAGAUGUGGAUUUGGAUGACCUGGCGUCACAAACUGAUGGGUAUUCGGGCGCGGAGAUAGUGAGUAUCUGUGAAACCGCCGGGGACGCAGCUCUGGACGAGGAAGAAGAGACCAUGCAAGAGCAAGAUGUUCAGCGGAAGCAUUUUGACUACGCCUUGGGACAGGUGCGCCGGCAGAUCACCGACGCUGUCAUCUACGAGUACGAGCAAUGGCGGGAGGCGUCGGGACCCGCGGUCGCGUUCCGCGCGUCGCUCCAGAUCCCCCAGGAAUGGCUCGAGAUCACCAAGUGUCACUCGGAGCCCAUCUCCCGGUCGCAGCCGCCAUCAGUCAAGAAGCCACACUCGAUCUCUUUCGCGCGGCCGAACACGCUCCCGAAGUCGCAGCAGAGGUGGUCGGUAUCAGGGUCGGAGCUACAGCCGUACGCCAAGUCCGAAUCUGAGCCCACCGAGGAGUUCCAAAGUGAGUUCGACCUCAUUUCUAAUGAAGACGCGUUUCUUUUACGAUAG